AUGCCCAUCUGUACCAAACCAUUGGAAUAUCUCGAAGAUACACGAUCACCUAAUUCGACAACAACUACCAGUACUGUCACGGUGGCGGAGCUUUAUGAUGCUGAUGAAGCAACAUCAUCAUGCCAUCAUCACCGUAUCAGCCCAACACCAGGAACGAUGAAGCCAUUGACAAACCAUGAAACGAACAACAAUGACGAUGACAAUCAAGUCGAAGAUGAAGAAGAAGAAGAUGAAGAACUAGCCAUAUGUGGAGACUGUGGCCGAGUGCUUGGUCCUGGAUGGCAAUGCAGCAGUUGCCGUCGAAGCUGUCCUCAUUGUAAUCGAGCCUUAACUACGGAUCCCGAUGAUUAUUGCGGUCGUUGUUUUCGAAAAUGCAUCAAGCAUGGUAUUGUUUACUCCUUGAUCUCUGGCGAUGGUUGUCCAAAAUGCUCCAAGAGUACAAUGACUUCAAGGCCGUCUCGGUAA